AUGUCUACACCGUCGCCUUUAGAAUUGGAACGCAGCAACUUCACGGGAUCGGAGGACAUUGCCAUGAACUCUUCUGAAGUCUUGAGUAAGAUCUACGCUGAUGCAAGAUUCAAGCAAUCUACGGCAAUUAUAGCGCUGUUCAUCCUUUCUUACGUUUUGACGUUUGCUCUGUGUAUCGUUGGGAACUCCAUGGUAUGCUUUGUCAUCUUAAAAAUACCGCGGAUGAGGACAGUCACCAACUACUUCCUUUUAAACUUGGCAGUGAGCGACCUCCUCGUGGCAAUCUUCUGUAUGCCAUUUACUCUUCUUGACAACAUCGUAAGGGGAUGGCCCCUAGGGAACGUGAUGUGCAAGCUAACACCCGCAGUGACUGUAGUCUCAGUGGUAGCCUCAGUGUUCACACUCGUGGCCAUCGCAGUGGACAGAUACUAUUCGGUAGUUCAUCCUACAGAGCCCAAACCAUCGACCAGAACGCUUAUUCAGACUGUUGCAGUCAUAUGGGGACUCUCCUUUGUCAUAAUGAUCCCACAAGUCCUUCUAAUUGAAGAGGGGGUAAUGUCCUAUAAGAACACUAUAUUCUUACACUUGUGUAUGGAGACAUCACCCCUAUGGAGUAAGGUGUAUAGUACUAUUAUCUUUCUCUGUUGUUACAUUACGCCCAUGGCUGUGAUUGCUUGCCUUUACGCCAAAAUUGGUUUUACUGUCUGGGCUAAGCCCACUCCGGGAGGCGAUCGCGCCCCUAAGGAAAUCAAAGAACAGGAUUUUCGUAAAAAGGUCAAAGUCAUCAAAAUGUUAAUGGUGGUGGUGAUAUUAUUUGCAUUUUCCUGGCUUCCCCUGCAAACAAUAUUUAUGUUGUACGACUAUGGAGAUCUUAGCGUACAUACCAAGGAAGUGAUGGACAUCUAUGUGUACCCAGUAGCGCAUUGGCUGUCGUAUUGUAAUAGCUGCAUGAAUCCCAUCAUCUAUGGCUACUUUAAUCAGAAUUUCCGAAACGCUUUCAAGUCGAUAUUUUCGUCGAGAUAUUUAGAGUUUUUCUACAAAAGGAAAUCUGUUAAAGAUUCACGACGGCCUAUGAAUAACCAAGGUGAUGUGGAUUUGAUUGAAAUCAAGACAGGACAGAACGAUCAUGACUGCAAUCUGUAGGGUUAAGCCUUGAAUCUGUACUCAAUCAAAACAUUGAGACAAGUGGUGGAGAGGGAAUCAAGUUUACCUUGAUUACCUCAAUUCCGUUUCUGUUCAAAUGACUUGGACAAUAGCAACUCGGGUGGCAUUAAUGGGUAUGCAGAAGGGGGCAAAUAUUACAAAGGAUAUGUAAUUCUUUAUAGGCGUUGGUGGGGUGC